AUGGAGUUUUUCAAUAUACUGAAAUCUUUAACCAUAAUUCUCUUUUUAUUUUGCGGUUUAUCGUCUGGUAAAUCUAGCAAUGUUGACCCUCGAUAUGCUGAUCAAAAUGUUUCAUCAAUAGCAAUUUCCUUAUUGAAAACUUCAGCCAGAGUAAGUGCUAUUGGUAAGGAUGCGUUUCCAGACUCAAAAUUUGUUAAUUCCACGACAAGUAUGCCGGAACGUUCUUUUUCGACGGUGAUUAACUCUGACGAAUCCAUCAGGUCAAUCGAACCUUCCAGUUCGUUGGGACAUAGCUACUCAUUCUCUAAUCUAAUAGUGACAGCUUAUUCCGAAAGCGACUCCACCUUAGAUCUAAUUCAAUAUCCUACACGUACCUCGCCGAAUAGCGGCACCAUACCUGAAAGUUCUGCGCUACGAGACAUUUCUUCAAGGAAAUCUUUGGAAGCCUCGAUAUACCUUGCUUCUUCCCAACAUAAAAAUAGUAUACUUUCAAACUCAUCACCUAUUUCAACUAGCCAAGAUCCCGCGAUCAGUGCUUUACCCACUUCUUUCAUACAUUCCAAUGAGCAGUCAUCAAAUACCGAAACUCAAGCACCACAUCACUUACCAUCAUCUUUUAACUCAGCCUAUUUCAAUAUGAGUUCUCUUACCAGGGAUACAGAUACUGGUUCUGCAUCUAAGUCGAACGGGAAAGUUGAAAGUAGUAUUUCCUCUAAUUCAGGCUCUUUUUCCUGGAGCCAUCCGGCCAACUCAGAACCUAGAAGCAAUGCCUCCCCCUUGUCCCCCUUAGAGACCAAUGUAUCUUCAAGUACCACAAGCAUUAUCUCCUCAACCAAUAACAUUAGGGGCAGCUCCAGUCUGUCUGUUUCAAGUAUUGCAUAUGUGUCAGCUAGUGCAAGUUAUGUUAGCACCUCCGCUACUUCCAGUUCUGGUCUCUCCAGGUCUGGUGUUUCCAGCUCUGGUGCGCCAUCUAUACCUGCCUCUACAUCCUAUGCUAACAGCUCUGCUGCUUCCAAUCCUGCUACUUCGAGUUCUGCUACUUCUAGUUCUGGUAUAUCCAGUUCUGGUGUCUCUACCUCCGCUGUCUCAUCUAUACCUGCCUCAGCAACGUAUGCUAACAGCUCUGCUGCUUCCAGUUCUGGUGUCUCCAGCUCUGGUGUAUCCAGUUCUGGUGUCUCUACCUCCGCUGUCUCAUCUAUACCUGCCUCUGCAUCGUAUGCUAACAGCUCUGCUGCUUCCAGUUCUGUUCCAUCUAGUUCUGGUGUCUCCACUUCUGGUGCAUCAUCUAUACCUGCCUCUGCAUCCUAUGCUGAAAGCUCUGCUACUUCUAGUUCUGGUAUUUCCAGCUCUGGUUUAUCUACUUCUGGUGUUGUUACCUCUGGUGCUUCGUCCGUGUCCCCAUCUGUCUCAGGUGCUUACAACCCAUCAUCCAUCCCAGUAUCCAGUGCAUCUGGUACUUCUACUCCUGGUGUUUCUACCACUGGCGCAUCGUCUGUGCCCGCAUCCGUCUCAGGUGCUAACAACUCAUCAUCCAUUCCGGUACCCAGUGUAUCUCGUUCAUCUACCUCUGGAGUUUCUACCUCUGGCGUUUCUACCUCUGGUGCUUCAUCUGUAUCCGCAUUUGUCUCAGCCCGCCAAUACCGCCCUCACUCCUCGACACCACCAGCUAGUAACUUUGCCUCUGUUAUUGCAUCUGGUUCUGAAUCAGCUCUGUUUAGUACUUCCGCAACUGUUGCGAACGGCUCCUCCUCCGUUGAAAGCUCUGUUCCUACUACGUCAGCACCAUCCAAUCCUUCAACUAUGACGACCAGUUCUGUUACAUUUCAAAUACAUACAUCAUCAGGCACCACAACUCAAGCCCCCAUUGCAACAACUUCGACAUCCGGCUCUACGACGUCCACGACAUCCCUCAAUUAUAGUGCUGAAUCCAAUUUUGCUUCUAUUAUGUUGCAGGCACAAAAUGACAAAAGGGCUUUGCAUGAGGACACUCCUCCAUUAACAUGGUCUGAGGACCUAGCUACAUACGCACAGGAUUAUGCUGACCAAUACGUCUGCGGUUCUGAUAUAGUUCAUUCAGGCGGCCCUUAUGGUGAAAAUAUAGCAGCUGGCACAUCACCUGUUGGCUCCGUUGAUGCAUGGUAUGCUGAGGGAGCGUACUAUAAUUACUCAAAUCCAGGAUUUUCUUCAGCUACUAGUCAUUUCACUCAGCUCAUUUGGAAAUCAACAACGGAAGUUGGUUGCGGUAUAAAAGAUUGCUCAAGUAUAGGUUGGGGUGAUUAUGUCAUUUGUUCAUACAACCCUUCUGGUAACAUAAAUGCGCCCGUCUUUUUUGAAGAAAAUGUGGAACCGCUGAUCGGGCAAUCUAGUUCAUCUUCAGUCUUCAGCAGUACGGAAACGCUUGAAGCAUCUAUAUCGACAUCAAGUCCUUCCACUCAUUCAGCUUCCGAAGACUUGACUAGCUCUUUAUCCAUGGAGAGCCAUCCAAGUUCGCAUGCUCUCUCCAUGUCCUAUUCUGAGUCUUUUCCUUCUAUCAAAAUGGAAAAUUCCGUUUCGACAGAUAAUGUUGGCAGCAAUAUAUCAGGAAGCUUUAACCCAACUACAACAUUCCCAACUUCCACUUAUAUUUCUUCCAUUAUGAAUCCAAGUCAAACAUCGAUUUCACUUACUCGACCAACUUCCGUUACCUCAACCUACAAUACUACAAGGGGCAGAAGAACAAUUACUUUGACAGAGUACGAUAAAACUGUGCAUAUUUCCAAAUAUGAGUAUUAUACUUGGACUGGAUAUUCGAUUAUUACGUCAUAUACAGUGAGUACAAUAACGCCAUACUUAUGA